GGGACUUUCCGCCACAGACAUCCUGAAAAGCGGGUUUCGCUUGUGCAUAAAACCUUCUGGAAGACACAGAGACUUUCAUUCGGAAUAAACACACACACUCACUCACUCACACACACUAGAAACAGCAGUGAUGGAUGAGCAUGAUCAGAACGAUGCGCUGAUUCAGCGCGUGCCGAGCCAAGAGACCAUCCUGAGCCGCGGACCAACACGGAACCCCAAUGGAAAGGCCCUGAAGGUGGCCGGACUGACGGUUCUGGCCUGUCUUCUGCUGGCGGGACAGGCGCUGACCGCUUACUUCGUCUGGGGUCAGAAGGAGCACCUCAGUGCUCUGACCAGCGGCCAGGAGAAGCUGAAGACUGAGCUGACCCGAAAGAUGUCAGCUGGUCCUCCCAAAGCGAUGCACCUUCCCAUGAACAGCAUGGCCCUGCUGAAGGACUUCUCUGACGAAACCUCUGACCCGACCACUGACAAGAAGAAGAGCUCUCCGCUCCUGAAACUGCAACCAGUUUUCACAAACCAGAGAGAGGGCAGCGGACAACUGGACGGUGGUAAAAUGAUGCCGAAGAGGAUGAAUCUGCCAAUGAGGAGUCUGCCUCUGCUGGUGAACACAGAUGAGGAGAUGAAGGCCACACCUCAAUCAGCUGUCGAGGUGGAGAGCAAGUGUGAGCUGGAUUCUGAGGGCCAGGUGAGACCCGGGUACUUCAAGCCUCAGUGUGACGAGCAGGGCAACUAUAAGCCCAUGCAGUGCUGGCACAGCACCGGAUACUGCUGGUGUGUGGACACAGACGGCAAGGAGAUCUCGGGCACACGCAUGCGCGGGCGACCCCAGUGUGACUCAGGUGUGUGUAAAUGUGCUUUAGGUGCGCAAAUAGAAAUGUUAUCCUUUGAGAAACCAGUACCCAGUACAGCAAAAUAAUAAAUCUGCACUCAC